AUGAGAAAACAAGACAAACAGCGCUAUUCCGCAUGCGGACAUGUCGAGAGCAGCGACAUCUCGCUCUUCUUCGACCUCGAUUCCAACGCUGAACAUUCCUUCGUUCGCAUUUCAGAAAAGCAACUUCAGCUCUCUCUCGCGCCUCCUCCAGGAAUGUCCGUCCGUCCUGCAGUCCUUCGCUGCGCAUUUCCGGUGCCUUCGUCAUUUCCAUCCCGCGCGAAUCAGACAACCAGAUCCUUGCAGCGAUCCCUUCGUCAACCCCACCUGCAGCAGCAACAACACCACCGUUUCUAUUCGUCUUCGUCUUCCCCGUCCUCCUCCCAGUUCAAAAUCCUCCCCUUUGUCGCUCUCAUCGCCAUCGGCACCGGGUCGUACGUCUUCCUGGUGAGGUCCCGCACCGCCAAUCGUCAAAAUCAGAUCGUCCAACAGGAACAGGAAUAG